UUCACGAGCCUUGCAGUCAGCACUGACAGUUUUGUUUUACAUUUGUUUACUUACUGAACUUAAUAUACACGUGUGCCUUGUAGUUUAGCCAGUUUGGUUAUUUAUUGAUUUAUAUGUAUGUAUUUAAAAAAUAAUUUGGAACAAUCACACGUGUAUGUAACUAUCUAGCGCUGGCACAGAGUGGCUGCAGCAGUUAGGUGUCAGGAGGAGGAUGUCUGGAGGAACACGACUAGAAAACGCAAAUCCUUUAAUUUUUCAGCGAUCUGGAGAAAGACUCCUGACUGCGAGUGAAGAGGACGAAGAUGUGGCUGAUCCCAUUGAUGAUAGAGAAAUUUUCGAUAUCAUUAGGUCCAUCAAUGAUCCUGAGCACCCACUGUCCCUGGAGGAGUUAAAUGUUGUGGAGCAAGUGCGUGUGAAAGUGAAUGAUCAGGAGAGCAUAGUCUCUGUGGAGUUCACACCAACCAUCCCUCACUGUAGCAUGGCUACUCUCAUAGGGCUCUCUAUCAAAGUCAAGCUACUGCGCUCACUGCCUGACAGGUUUAAGAUUGAUGUCCACAUCACGCCAGGAACACAUGCUUCAGAAGAUGCAGUUAAUAAGCAGCUAGCAGAUAAGGAGAGAGUGGCUGCAGCUUUGGAGAACGCUCAUCUGUUGGAGGUUGUCAACCAAUGCCUUUCCACAAGACCUGCAUGACACAAUUAGUGUUUAGUUGUUAUUCUUUGGAUGAAACUCAGUCACACACUUCUCUCAACUCACACACUUGCUAGGUUGAACAUGCUUGAUAACAUUCUUUCUUAUGUUCGUUAAGAGAUUUUUGGUCCUGUGCACAGUUGAAAUGCAAUGCAAAGGAAAAGAAAAUGUUUUAAUAUGUUUGUAAUUAUGUAAGUGCAAGCAACUUCUAAAAGAUGAACAAAAUGUAAUGACAGACAUGAUCUGGAAUUCAUUCAGAUGAUUUCAUAUUAAAGUUUUUUCCUUUCUUUUUUU